AUGUCGACAUCAAUAUUAUCCACUAUUCAAAGUCAACUUAAUUUUUAUUGUUACUUAAUUCCUAUGAUUUUAGGAAAUGUUGGUAAUAUAUUUAUCAUCAUACUUUUUACUCGGCAACGAAAAAAUGCAUGUUCAAUUUAUUUAAUCAGUUCAGCUAUAGUGAAUAAUAUUUAUUUAAUAUUUACUGGUUAUGCUCAAAUAUUUCCUUUUUACUAUGCUGAUCAAACAACACGCGCAUUUUUUUUAUGUAAAAUACGUUCAUACAUACCAAGUGUCCUUGGGCUAUUAACUAAAACAUUAAUUGCAUUUGCAUGUAUUGAUCGUUUUAUGGUUACAAACAAGCGUGCUAGUUUUCGUGCAUUAAGUACACGUAGAAAAGCAAAAUCUCUUAUCUUUUUUUCUAUUUUAUUUUGGCCAGUUUGUAACAGUCAUAUUGCAAUAAUGACAACAAUUAUCAAUGGACAAUGUGGUCAAUUUGGUACUUAUUCAACAAUUUUUACUAUUUAUAUAAUAAUACUUGUUGGUUUAAUUCCACCCAUCAUAUUGGGCUUAUUUGGCUAUUUAACAUAUCAAAAUAUGAUACAAAGAUAUGUUCGUGUUCAACCAGCUGUGCGUACCGUAAUUAAUGCCCAUAAUUGUAUUCGACGACGAGAUCGAGAGUUAUUAAUUAUUGUCAUUUAUGAAAUACUUUUCUAUGUUAUUACAGCAACUCCAUAUCCCUUUAUUCUCUUAGAAAUGAUGAUAAGCCGAUAUAUAAUAUCAAAUAAAAGUAUUCAAUAUUUACAAAUUGAAAGUUUUAUACUUAGUAUUGCAUUUAUAUUACUAUAUCUCAAUUUUGCUGCACCUUAUUAUAUUUAUCUGAUGGCAUCAAAAGCAUUUCGUCGAGAUUUCAAACGAUUAAUUAUAAGUAUUUAUCCAAAAUUAAGAAGACAACCAAUCAUGCCAACUGUUUCUGGAACAACACAUCAUAUGUUUACAUAA